UCUGCUCGGGAUCCAUUUCCAUAAAGAGGAUCUGAGCGUUUUGCUGAGGCGUCGCAACCCGCCAUAUAAACCCUAUUUCCUUUUUCCCUGUGUGGCUUUGGCAGUGUCUCCUUUUCAUCCACAAGUGUGUCGUGGAUCUCUUCUUCUUCCUCCUGUCGAUAGGUCGUGAACCGUAGAAAGAAACGCCAAGAUGUCUGACAAAAAGAUGAAUUCCAGCCGCAGGCAUCACCUGAAGAGUGUGAUCCUGUCGAUCGCUCAGAAAUGGCUGGAACAGGAGAAAUUGGACGACGCGGCAGCUAAAGAGACCUACAUGAAAGAUAACUGCCCCGCCCCCGUGAUGAGCGGAGACCACAAUGCCCUGAUGGAAUACAUCAAGAAGAUGAACGAGAGGAUCGAGAGGAUCGACGAGGAGAGGUACGACAUCCUGUCCAAAGUUCAGAAGGCCGACAAAGAGAUUGAAGACCUGAACAUCAAAGUGGUGGACCUGAGAGGAGUGAAGAAACCCGCUCUGAGGAAAGUACGCAUGUCCGCCGACACCAUGCUGAAGGCUCUGCUGGGCUCCAAGCACACGGUCAACAUGGACCUGAGGGCCAACCUGAAGCAGGUCAAGAAGGAGGUCAAGGAGGAGCCGCAAGAAGCUGCUGGCGACUGGCGUAAGAACAUCGAGGACAAGGCCGACAGGAAGAAGAUGUUCGAGACUUCCUAAAAGAACGCAUCGCUGCUGUUCGUCUUUCUGUCUUUAUGAACUCCACGUGUCUUAUUUGUGUUGGUUUGAACCAGACGGAGCUGAACUGCAGCAGCUUAGCAAGUCUGAGAGGAGUCGCUCUGCGUUUGAGGAUUUUGUUUUUAAUUUGUUUGUUUGUCUGGAUGGAAGUUUUUUUGGGGGGAAGGAGGUUCACACACCAACACACAACGGCAAGUCUUAAACUCCACACAUUCAGGGAAACAUUCAGAACAACAUGAACCAUGUUCAAGAGAAACAAUAAAGUCAAAUGUGGAAGAAAA